AUGAUGACCCCGUCCCCCCUUACAGCUGACCCCUACCACCAGGGAAACGUCAGGAUGACCCUGGAGAAGUCUGACCUCUGGAAGUCCUUCCACAACCUAGCGACUGAGAUGAUAAUCACCAAACAUGGCCGGAGGAUGUUUCCCCACUGCAACGUCAGUCUAUCUGGACUCCAACCCUAUGCCAACUAUGUCCUCAUGGUGGAUAUGGUUCCUGUGGACAACUUCAGAUACAGGUGGAAUAAGGGCCAGUGGGACAUGGCUGGGAAAGCCGAGCCCCAACUCCCAUGUCGGACGUAUGUACAUCCGGACUCCCCCGCCCCGGGCUCCUACUGGAUGAAGCAAUCUGUGUCCUUCCUCAAGCUCAAACUCACCAACAAUACUCUGGACCAGCACGGCCAUAUCAUCCUGCACUCUAUGCAUCACUACAUCCCACGCUUCUCUGUGGUCCAGGCUGACAGUCUGUACAGUGUACGCUGGGGACACUUCCAUUCCUUCUCCUUCCCUGAGACCUCCUUCACUGCAGUCACCGCCUACCAGAACACUAAGAUCGCUAAACUGAAGAUUGACCACAACCCCUUUGCUAAGGGAUUCAAGGGGGAAAACACCCGUACUCAUAGCAAGAGGUGUCGAUCCAACAAGAGUCCUGGGAAUGCUACAAAGAAAGCCAAAGAAGACAAAGAUCCAGGAAACAAAAGUCCUCCAGACCUCCAGAGGCCAAAAUUAAACUGUGAGCCAGAAGAACAGAGGAUGACCCUAGGAGCCACAGAGAACGUGGUUUCGGGUAAGGAGGAUCUCUUGUCCCCCUGGGCCUUGAAACAGGACCCGUCCCAGAACCACAGCCUGCACACUGAAAUACUGGAGCUCCACGACCACAGACAGGAAUACAGCACUGAGGAGCAGAUGGUGCCUGGCCCUGCAUCUAUGUCCUACCAACCAUACAGAUCGGUUGAGAAUGGCAGACUUCCCUCUCCCUCCUCUAUAGUGGAGGAUGGUGAAUGCAGGCGCAGCUAUGAGUCUCACGUCCCAGAUGUAGCCACUGUCCCUGGACACAAGACUACCAGACCUGGCCUUGUCAGGGACAUGGGUCACCACCACCACACCUUGGCUCCAGCCAUGCCCCAGGACUACAGAGUGUCCCCGGUCCAUCUGCCCAUGUCCUCCAAAACCUACCCUGGGCAUAUGGGUUACAGUUACCCCCUCUAUGGCCACUACUCCACUGACCAGGGUAUGGGUCAGUGGGCUGAGUGUGGCACUGGACAGUACUCUGGACCGUACUUUCCUCACCACCUGCCCUUCCUCACCAGUCAAACGCUGACCACAGACCAGGGCACCCUCCCAACGCAGUUUUUAUCAUCAUGGCAACAUAGCGGCAGAGUGGAGCUGGAGCCAGAACUUGAGUUUGGACAAUGAGGCUGAUCUGACAAACAGAUCAGAAUAGCUGACUCAGACUCACAAAGCGAAGGAGCGGGCUUUCACAUUGUGAAGAAAGAUACUUGGGACAUUUCAGGAAAGUUUCAGAGGGAAAAAGUUGGUGAUAUUUGUGCAUGAGGUCCAAACAAAGAUAUCUUAAUGUGUGUUCUUUGAACUUGUUCUCUGCUACGUGUGUAUGAUAACUGAGAUCAGAAUAUAACCAAAUCCACUGGGUACAGACGUUAGUUCAAUAUCUAGUUUUGAUUUAGAUUUGUUUGAGUUGUCAACGAAAGUGAAUUCAAUGUGAAAUAAACAAAAUAUGUCACCAUGUCACUGGAUUUAGGUUAAAGAAAUGCAAAAUUCCCUUAUGUUGAUGACUUUCCCCCAAAUCCAACCCGUUUUACACGUUGAUUCAACGUCAUCACAUUGAAUUUUCGGU